UGUUUUGACACAGAGCCCCAGUCUUCCUGUCCCAGGCGAACAGAAUAGUUCGAGUCGACGCCGGACGAACACCGCUUUUCCCUUCGGCUUUAAAAGAAUUAAGAGUUUGAAGAUGCAGGUGCAAAGAAUUUGGAACUCCACCGUCCCGUUCUCCCACAUGGCCCAUAGUGAUAUGAAAGCUGUCAACUGCCGUGGCUCGGGUCCAGACUCUAGCACAGAGAGCAAAGGAGGAGAGCUGGAGAAAAUGGUUCAUAACAGCGCUCUGUGGAAGAUCAUAAAUCACGGAACUGCCAAAUAUGAGUGGACACAUGGGACAGAGAAACAGUCCAUUAUUGCACAGGCGGAGUGUGAGUCUCAGGAUUCACAGGAGUUCUGCCCCAAUGGCAGCAUCUCCUCCCAGUUGAUUCUCAGCUCCAUCAGUCGUAAUCGGCCCAGAAAGAAACGUAAGAGGUCGCGACGGAAACAGAGUGAGAAGGUCAGCCAAGCAAAUGUGUCUGUGGGAGUCACCAGAGUGCCAGAACAGGACAGCGGAGAAGUGUCGUCUAUCAAUCAGGUUAGAGAGCCAGUGUUUAUCAGCAGCAACAGUAGCAGCACAUAUAGCACAGAAAGAGUGUCCGUCCAGGAAACCGAGGGUCCAUCAGACUCUCAUCAGUGGGAGUCCCAGCGGACCUCCUUUCUCUCCCCCAGCCAAAGUUAUGCCGAAGAGAGUGAGGAGCUGACGUCUCAGCUGAGAAGCGAAAUCGACUGCUCUUUGGCAGUCACUGCCCUCAGAGACUAUGUAACAACAGAAGAUCCCUGCUUUGCAUAUGGCUUUGUGAAAGACGUUCUGAGUCAAGUGAGGGAGAAGGACGAGGACGAUGAAGAGGACAGAGAUAAGAACGAAGGCAUCCUAUUCAAAGAGGGCCUUCAACCAGUGAAUUCUGAGUACAGAGAGGGCCGGGAGUAUGAGCGAUGUAGAUUCCUCAAGCAGGGCUCCUUUGGAGAGGUCUACAGUGUCAAAGACAAAGACACAGGCUUCAUUUGUGCUGCCAAAAAGGUGCCGCUGGAAAAUUUCAGCACUGAGGAGGUGGGCACGUGGAGCGCCCUGCAGUCUCCUCAGGUGGUGGAACUCUUUGGGGUGGUGCGUGAAGGUCCAGCCAUUGUCCUUUUCAUGGACCUCAAAUCCAGCUCUCUAGGACAGCUGGUGGAGGAACGAGGCCGUCUGCCAGAGGAUCUGUCCCUGCAUUACCUUCAGCAAGUACUAGGGGCACUAAACUACGUGCAUAGGAAACGUGUCCUUCAUCUGGACAUCAAAGCUGAUAAUGUUUUGCUGUCCGAGGAUGGGAAAGAUGCAUUCCUGUGUGAUUUCGGCCAGUCAGAGAGACUGGACAAACAAGGGCUUAGUUAUUGUCAGGGAUUGAAAGGCACAGAGACUCAUAUGGCGCCUGAGGUGGUACUCAAUGAGCACCGCUCUUCAAAAGCCGACAUCUGGAGCAGCUGCUGUAUGUUUCUGCACAUGCUCAAUGGCUGUCAUCCGUGGACCCGCUAUUAUUCUAGGCCAUUGUGCCUCAAGAUAGUAACAGAGCCUCCACCACUGAGAGAAAUCCCACACGACUGCAGCUCCUAUACAGCUGAGGUCAUAAAAGCAGGACUACAGAAGGACCCAAUCAAACGAGCCUCUGCCAAAGAGCUCGCCUUUAAAGCUGCCAAAGCACUCAAAAAAGUCGGUGGACUACGCAGCCAAGUGAGGGGCGGAGCCUAUCAGAAGCCACUAGGAAAACCAGACUCCGCCCAUUCGGCUACACCCACAAAAUCCAAUAAUGCCACGCCCUCUCACAACUCUGAGCUGCAGUGGAUGAGCUCAGAGCAGAAGAGGAACAAGGCCGACGGGAAACGCAAUGACAAGGUGAAACAGAGGAAACAAACAAAGGAGACAAGAAACGACGACCACUCUCCACCCAAAGCACUGCUGCACAUUCAACACACUUCACCUGAGCCGCAGGUCAGCAAAAAGACUGAACGAGAACCAACAGUGCCAGAACAGGAGCUGAGGAAACUAGAGAAAGAUUUCCUCUUGAGCAGCCUCUCUCACCUUCCCUCUGCUGAGCUUCAAGAGCAGCUUCUCUCCUGUAUCAGCAGUGACUGCAUCUCUACUAGAGAAUGCUGUGACAAAAAGGAUUCAGGCCGUUGGUCAGUCAGCCCUGGUGAUUAUGACAGCUCAGGUGUGUUUUCUGACAAUAGCCAGUAUGACGGGCAGAGCUUCAGCCGGGACUGGCUCUCUCCAACACACCAGCCACUGUCACGCUGCUUUGAGGGGGUGGAUGUUUAUAUCCGAGACUUUAAUGGUAAAUGCAUUCAUAUUCGAGAGACGCCCAGAGUAAAAGUAGGACACAUUGCACGAGGAAUCAGCGAUCAGAUCUCAGAGAGCGUGUUCAGUUUGCAAACGGAUGAUGGUUUCCUGGUUCCACAUGAUAAAGAGGUGCUGGAGAACAGUCUGUUGCUGCUCUGCGUUCCUGCUCCAGACGUCAGCCUCUAUCAUCAGUACAGCAGCGAUGACAGUGGCUGGAGCUGGAGGAUCAGAGAGGGCCUGCUGGAGACCAGAGAUAACUAAGAUGGCCAUCCACCAUUACUUUUGCAUUGAAUGACUAUCAGUUAACUUCUGUGUGCCUAUCGUCUUUUAAACCUCAGUUUGUUGCACUGUGUUUGGAAGAUCACCGUAGACCUUCAUUCUAUAAUUAAUUCAUAUAUUAGAAAGCCUUUGGUUAAGCAAGUAAAUGCCUUAAAACUGGAGUUUGCAAUGUCAGUUUAUGUUAUACAUUGAUAAAAAGUUUAUAUCUGUUGGGCUUAAAGAUGCAUGUCAGAUUUAUAUGUUCAGAUUGAAAUAAAAGUUUGUGUGCUUAAA